ACUUUCAUUCGCCUAGUGUAUGUCCUCUACUUUCAGGUUCAAUUAAAUAUAUGAAAAUCAAAUACGUUGAGACUCUAACAGAUCUAGAAAAAGCCCUUAUUGAUAUAGGUUUUGAUAAAUUUGAAGAUCGACUUCAAGAACUUACCAUGAUGGUACGCGAGAUAGAUCGUAAUUUAGAUUGUGCAUGUAAAAAUUUACAAAAUGAUAUAGAAAAAUGGAAGAAACGUAAAAACAUGGCAAAUUUCUCUUAUAUUUUAUCAAUCCUUAUAGCUAUAGCAUUUCCUUCAAUAUAUCAUUAUUACCGACAAACUGAUAAUGUUCCUUUUGGAUUUGUAACGACAGUAGUUGGUUGUGUUAUAAGUCUAUUAUUUGCACUUUGGCAUGGCUGGUCACGUAACAGUUAUAGCCGAGCAAUACAAUCCCACCGAAAAGCAAUACCAGUUCACGCAGCAGUGGGAGAAAGCAUAGAAUCAUUACAAAGAUGGUUGAAUAGAAUUUCUGUUGUGAAAAAAUGCAAAGUACCAAUGAAUAAUAACGAAUUGGCAAGUAGAAAAGCUACUUUGAUUUAUUUGUUUGAUGAACUAGUAUCUGCUGCUGCAGAUAUGAGAUUGAGCAUUGGAUUAGAAGAUGAGUUCAAAAGGCAUAGAUAG